GAUGGCACCUGCCGGCUGCGGCUGCGGCUGCUCGGGCAGCUUGGGUGCUGCGGUGGUGCGGCCGCUGCUCCUGCUGCUGGGGGCGCUGGCCUGCGCGCGGGCCACGGAGCACUACUCUCCGCUGUCCUUGCUGAAGCAGGAGCUUCAGCACCGGCAGCAGCAGGAGGCCCCGGCAGGCGGUGGCUGUCCGCAGUCGGGGGACUGGGCGGACCAGUACCCGGAGUGCGAGUCGUCAUUUUUGAACUUCCACGAAUCUGACUGUGAACUGAGAGGCUCGGCGCCCUGUGACUCGCUGCUCUCUCUCAACACCGAGAAGAUUCUGAGCCAGGCCAAGUCUAUUGCAGAGCAGAAGAGAUUCCCGUUUGCUACUGACAAUGACAGCACCAAUGAAGAAUUAGCGAUUGCUUAUGUACUGGUCGGCAGCGGUCUCUACGAUGAAGCAAUAAGACACUUUUCAACAAUGCUCCAGGAGGAGCCUGAUCUGGUUAGUGCAAUUUAUGGCCGAGGGAUAGCCUAUGGAAAGAAGGGACUACAUGACAUUAAGAACGCUGAGCUUGCUUUGUUUGAACUGAGCCGAGUAAUUGCCUUGGAACCUGACCGUCCAGAGGUAUUUGAGCAGCGAGCUGAAAUUCUGUCCCCUCUGGGACGAAUUAACGAAGCCGUAAAUGAUCUCACUAAAGCUAUUCAGCUUCAGCCCUCGGCACGGCUGUACCGACACCGGGGGACCUUGUACUUCAUAUCUGAGGACUACGCGACAGCCCACGAGGACUUUCAGCAGUCCUUGGAGCUGAACAGAAACCAGCCCACAGCCAUGCUGUACAAAGGCCUAACUUUCUUUCACAGAGGACUUCUGAAGGAAGCCAUUGAAGCCUUCAAAGAAGCUCUGAAACAGAAAGUUGACUUUAUCGAUGCAUAUAAAAGUCUGGGACAGGCCUACAGAGAACUGGGCAACUUUGAAGCAGCCACUGAGAGCUUCCAGAAGGCCCUGCUGCUCAACCAGAACCACGUGCAGACUCUGCAGCUCCGGGGGAUGAUGCUCUACCACCACGGCAGCCUGCAGGAGGCCCUGAAGAACUUCAAGCGCUGCUUGCAACUGGAACCAUACAACGAAGUGUGCCAGUACAUGAAGGGGCUCAGCCAUGUGGCCAUGGGGCAGUUUUAUGAAGGAAUUAAAGCACAAACGAAAGUUAUGCUGAAUGAUCCUCUUCCUGGCCAGAAGGCUAGCCCAGAGUACCUGAGGGUGAAGUAUCUGCGAGAGUAUUCUCGAUAUCUGCACGCACACCUCGAUACCCCUCUGACGGAAUAUAACAUUGACUCGGAUCUACCGGGCAGCUUCAAGGACCACUGGGCCAAGAACCUGCCUUUUCUCAUAGACGGCUAUGAAGAGCAGCCUGGCCUGCAGCCUCACAUCAGGGAUGUGUUACAUCAGAAUUUCGAGGGCUACAAGCCUGAAGUCCAGGAGCUGAUCUGUGUAGCUGACCGCCUGGGCUCACUGAUGCAGUAUGAAACACCUGGGUUCCUGCCCAACAAGAGGAUACACAGAGCCAUGGGCCUGGCAGCACUGGAAGUCAUGCAGGCCGUACAUCGUACCUGGACCAACUCAAAGGUUCGCAUGAAUGGAAAGACGAGGCUGCUGCAGUGGAGAGACAUGUUCGACAUUGCUGUGAAGUGGAGAAGGAUCGCUGAUCCGGACCAGCCUGUGCUGUGGCUGGAUCAGAUGCCAGCACCAAGUCUCAGCAGAGGUUUCAAUAACCACAUCAACUUAAUCAGGGGUCAGGUGAUUAAUAUGAGAUAUCUGGAAUAUUUUGAGAAAAUACUUCAUUUUAUUAAAGAUAGAAUUCUUGUCUAUCACGGAGCAAAUAAUCCAAAGGGCUUAUUGGAAGUCAGAGAAGCUCUGGAAAAGGUACACAAAGUGGAAGACCUCCUUCCAAUUAUGAAGCAGUUUAAUACCAAAACAAAGGACGGGUUCACCGUGAACACCAAAGUCCCCAGCCUCAAAGAUCAAGGGAAGGAGUAUGACGGCUUCACCAUCACCGUCACAGGAGACAAGUAUGUGCGUGACUCGGGGCUGGUGGCGGCCGGCGGAGGGGAGGCUGAUGCUGUCUGCAACUUAAUCUUAUCCUUAGUUUAUUACUUUUAUAAUUUAAUGCCCCUGUCUCGAGGAUCUAGUGUCAUUGCGUAUUCAGUCAUUGUGGGAGCGCUGAUGGCCAGUGGCAAAGAAGUGGCUGGGAAGAUCCCCAAAGGGAAGUUAGUCGACUUUGAAGCCAUGACAGCCCCUGGCUCAGAGGCCUUCAGCAAAAUAGCAAAAAGCUGGAUGAACUUGAAGAGUAUUUCCCCUUCCUACAAGACCCUGCCAUCAGUAUCAGAGACGUUCCCGACCCUGAGGUCCAUGAUCGAGGUGCUCAACACAGAUUCUACCCCACGGUGUCUGAAGAAACUCUAGCCAGAUCAGAGGAUUUAUACACACGAAGGGCCAGGCCUCUCACUUCUUAAGUUAUUUUUUAAGACAUGGAAUUAUUAUGGAAUUAGGUCCUUUAUUACUUUUGAUACCAAUUUUUGAUAGGAAUUGAAUACUUGAAAACAUUUUCUUUACUUUUUCUGAACCGUAACAGAAAUCAUGAAAACGGGUUUUUGGGGGAAAAGCUACUUGACCAGGAAGGGAAGUAUGUGUAUUAGUGGCAGCCUGUUGGUUCCCAUGUGUUAAGGUAUACUGCUCCUUCCUUAUAGCAAAAAAUGUUUACUUCAGAAACCAAAAAUUAAUAAUUAAGAUGAAGAAAGCCAACAACCAGCAGGGCUUGUCUUCACUGUAAGAGGUGUGGGUGUUCCUCAGACCUCCUUCCUGUGCACCUCUGUGGGGUGCCUCGCUACUGCCAUGCCCCCACAUGUGGGCCCUCCAGCCCCCCCCCCAGAACUGUGGAAGGGCCCCAGCACCCACGGUUCCAUGGCUUGUGACAAGAAGCACUGGCCAGACGACAGACAGUAUUUGCCAAUCACUGAACCAUGUUUUUCUUUUCUUUGUUGGAAAAAAUAAGCCGAGGUGAUUUCCGAAAGUCGCCAGGUUCAGGCCCUGGAUUGCGCUGUGUUUGUGUGAGCUCCAGGUUCGGGCCCUGGGUUGCGCUGUGUUCGUGUGAGCUCUUUUUGCUCUCAGGUGUAAGAGCGUUUAGAGCGUUUCUUGUUUCCUCGGACAGGGUGGAAGAUGGAGGGAUAAGGUCCAUUAAAGGCUGCAGUUUCAA